ACAAUUUAUAUUUCCAGAGUGUCGAUCGACUAGUGGGGUUUAAACUACAUAAAUUUAGCUUCUAUUUAACUAUCUCUUUGUAUUAUGUGUUAAAUUUACUUCUGAGAGUGGAUAAAAAUGCCGGGGAUUCAUUUAGCUGUUGAUUGUAGGACAAAUGUCCCAAAACAGUCUAUAAGGAAAGAUUUUUUAAGUAAAUUUACCGAUUUUUUAGCAACAAAAUUCAACACGGAAGCCAAGAAUAUACAAGUAGAAAUACAAACAGAUAUUUUGAUGAUGAGGGCAGGAUCUUCAUCGCCAAUGAUGAAUAUGAAUUUCUACCACAAUUCAGAUAAAGUGGAUCAAAAAUCAAAAACUUCCUGUGCAGCUAUCAUUGCCGAAUUUAUGGGAGAAGAACUAAAAUUACCAGUUGACAGGGUGCUAGUUUUAUUUUUUGACACAAGGAAAUGUACAUGAGAAAUUGACUUGUAAUGGACAUUCUACUAUUACCAAGUAGAAGUAAACGUCGUAUUUACUUAAUACAUGUUAUCAAAACUUGCAAACAGUUAAUAUUUAUUUUCAGUUCUUAUAUGGUAUCAAGUAUUUGAUUACUUAAUGCUGUCAUUUUACCAAGAGUAGAAUAAAGUCAAUAAUUCGAUUUGUUUUUACA